AUGAAUUUUAGUUAUAUAUUAAUAUUGGUCAUAUUAGUUGCAUCUGCCUUUGGUAUUUGUAUGGGUUGUGGUAGUGACGAAGAGAUUGAUCAUCUUAAGGAAGUGACUAUUAAUGUUGAGGGUGCACUUACCGGCCUAACAUUAGCCUCAGUUAUUCCAGGGUUUGGUGCCUUUACAACCAUAGCAAGUUUCACGUUUAGUAGUCACAGCGCUGUGUUUUUGAUGAGCGCCACAGACAUGUUGCUUGAGUCUCUUGAUAGUAAUGGCCCUCAAUAUGACGAAUGUCGUAGGUUUAUUGAAGAACUGAAAAUUCAAACGAAGGUGCUUAGAGGUUUGGGUUUGGGUGCUACAGUUGCCACAAUGAUUCCAUUGCUUGGCACCCCAUUUAUACCAUUAAAAAUUGGAUUAGGUGUAUCCGCAACGACUAUGAUCGUUUCCUUAUUAAAUAGAUGGAAGGAAAAAGAAUGUUCAGCGAUUACUGGACUCUGUACUUUUCCUAGGGCCAAAUUCUAA